AUGGAUGUGAGAAGAAAAGAGAAUUUGGAAGGUGAAAGGGGGAGGAAAGAGAGAAGGGAGGAGAGAAGGAGGCAGAGGAGGGCCGAGAAAGCGAGGAGAGAGAGACAGCGGAUGAAGGACUUCUUCCGAAGUCUGGAGGCCUUAGGAAGUGUAGAGGAGGAUUUGGAGGGAGAGGAGAGGCUGAGGAAGGAGGAGGAGGCGAGUAAAAGGGCGGAGGCUAAGAGGGAGGAGAGGAGGAGGAUGCAAGCGUGGAUUGAAGAGAUAGAGGUAUUGGAGGAGGAUGUGGGGGAAGUGGUGGAGGGAGAAGACAGAGAGAGGAGGUUGAACGAGUUUGAGGAGGAGGAGGAUUGGAGUGGGUGGGAGAGAGGAGUGGUGCCGGAGAGGGUGGGGAGGAGGCGAGAGAUUCUAGGAUGUAAAGAGUUAGAGAGGGAGAGGGAGAGAGGAGAUGAAGAAAAAGAAAGUUAUUGUUGUUGUUAUGGGUGUAUGAUUAUGUGA